CCAAAGCCAAUUCAUUCAGUCUAAAAGAAAAAGAAAAAAGAAUAAUUUCCAUUGCUCCAACAAAAUAUUACUAGUUGAAUUUUGGAAUAGUCGAAGUGGAUCCAAGUUCUCCUCUGUAAUGGCUGAAGAAUCCGAAGCAACGUCGUCUACCUCACAGCCGAGUUCCUCCCCCGACACUGGAAAAAAAUCCCAGGUUCCAGGAUAUUCUGGUCUUGCAGCUUUUCAAAAUGGUGAUUUGCAGAUGUUUCCAGUUAUGUAUCCUGCAAUUAUCCCAGGUUUAACUUCAUUACAAAAUCAGGAACAGACAAACCGUGGAGCAGGCAUUUAUGCUGUGCCAGUUCUACCCUUUAUGGGGCAUAUUGCUGGACUCCCAUCUAAUACUCUCAUUCCUCUGACCUAUAAUAUACCUACAUACACUGGGGGUCAAAGCAUGCCCGUGCUUCCCUGCUUUUCAUCUAAGCUGAGAUAUCAAACUGGAGCUCUCACACCGUUGAUAAGAUGGCUUUCACAAGGCAUGCACAGGGCAGCUGCGCCUCCUCAUCUACCUAGGCCUGCCGCCAGAGCAGAGAAUGUUCCUGCUGCUGGAAGGCAGGGCAAUGAUAAUGCUGCUUUGGCAGAGGGACAAGCAGGAGCAGAGAAUGAGAACCAGCCAGCAGAUGAUGGUAAUCAGGCAGUUGAGAAUGAGAAUGAGAAUGCAGCAAACCCUGGUUUAGGAAAUGGUGGUAAUCACUGGUGGGGAAUUGUUAAGGAAAUCCAGAUGAUUGUCUUCGGCUUCAUCACGUCCCUUCUUCCAGGCUUUAACAAUAUAGAAUAGAGAUCAUACUUUUAACGAACGAAUCCAGAGGCAGGCAAAACUGUUUUCUUUUUUUUUUAAGUUUACCUUUGAAAUAAAUGUACAAAGCAAAAUGAAAAUGAUUUUGUUUAUGGGUACACUACUUAAUCCCUUUAGUGUUUAUAUCAGCAUUUACAUGGUAGAGCAGGGCGGUCAUUGCAUGGUUCUUGGUAAUUAUGCCUCUUUUGAAUAGUCUUCCGAUAGGCCUUUCUGUAAUGGAAAGUUUAAAAAGAGCUUGAUUGUAAACAUGGGCAUGCUUCUCCUA